AUGUCCUGGGCCACGGAUUUACAACCGCUGACGGGGCUGCAGAAGAGCCGGCAGCGCGGGCUCUGUGCUGAGCCCUGCGCGCUCCCUCCGGUUCGGCGGCACGGCCAGGAGCACGCGGGGAGGCUUGUUUGGGCCCUCGAGCUUUCCAAAACGCUGCGGCUCGGCCUAACGAAGAGUUAUGCUGAAUUAACUCCCAGCUUAAUCUUGGGGUCUCCGGAGUCUUCCGCCCACGGCGCGGAAGCACAGCCGUGCGUCGCUUGGUCGCGGGAGCCGUUGUUCGCGGCUUCUCCCCCCCCUUCCUCCUGCAGGAUCUUCAUCAUCUGGGCCAUCAGCAGCUGGUUCCGCCGCGGGCCGGCACCGCAGGAGCAGAGCAGCGCGGGCGGGACGCCGCGAGCCCCGAGCCGAAACCUCUUCCCCAAGGACACUUUAAUGGACCUCUACGUUUAUAUCUCGGAGCACGAGCACUUUACAGACUUCAACGUCAGCUCGGCGCUGUUCUGGCAGAAGCGGGAUCUUGUCUACGGGGACUGGACCAGCGGGGAGAACGCCGACGGGUGCUACGAACACUACGGGGAAGUCGACAUUUCGCAGAGCGUCCAGCAGAACGGCUCCAUCUACAUCCACGUGUACUUCACGAAGAGCGGUUUCCAUCCCGACCCCAGGCAGAAAAACCUGUACAGGCGCCUCGCCACGGUCCACACGUCACGAAUGAUCAACAAAUACAAGCGCCGGCGGGUCAAAAAAAAAACCAAGAACCCCCUGAGACGGGUGAGGGAGGCGGAUCCCGAAAUGAUCAAGAGGGCGGAAGACUACGGUCCCGUGGAGGUCAUCUCGCACUGGCACCCCAACUUGACCAUCAACAUGGUGGACGACCACACGCCCUGGGUGAAGGGCAGCGUGCCGCCCCCCCUGGAUCAGUAUGUGAAGUUCGAUGCCAUCAGCGGUGACUACUACCCCAUCCUCUACUUCAACGACUACUGGAACCUGCAGAAGGACUAUUUCCCCAUCAAUGAGACCCUGCAGCGCCUGCCCUUCCGCCUCUCCUUCUGCCCGCUCUCCCUGUGGCGCUGGCAGCUCUACGCCGCCCAGAGCACCAAAUCCCCCUGGAAUUUCCUGGGAGAGGACCUCUACGAGCAGUCGGACGAGGAGCAGGACUCGGUGAAGGUUGCUCUCCUGGAGACGAACCCCUACCUGCUGGCGCUGACCAUCGUCGUCUCCAUCGUGCACAGCAUCUUUGAGUUCUUGGCCUUCAAAAACGACAUCCAGUUCUGGAACAGCCGGCAGUCUCUGGAGGGGCUCUCCGUCCGCUCCGUCUUCUUCGGCGUCUUCCAGUCCCUCGUCGUCCUCCUCUACAUCUUGGACAACGAAACCAACUUCGUGGUGCAGGUCAGCGUCUUCAUCGGGCUCCUCAUCGACCUCUGGAAGAUCACAAAGGUCAUGGACGUCCGGCUGGACCGUGAGAACAAGGUGGCAGGAGUGUUUCCCCGCGUCACCUUCAAAGACAAAUCGACCUACAUCGAGUCUUCCACGAAGGUGUACGACGACAUGGCUUUCCGGUACCUCUCGUGGAUUCUCUUCCCCUUGCUGGGCUGUUACGCCGUGUACAGCCUGCUCUACCUGGAGCACAAGGGCUGGUACUCGUGGGUGCUGAGCAUGCUCUACGGCUUCCUCCUGACCUUCGGUGAGUGCCGCGCUCGCCGCCGGGAGAUGCGGAAAAUC